GAGAGAGAGAGAGAGAAGGGGGGCUGGUUCCUGAUACCAAGACACGGAAAAGCAGGGGAGGGAGAGAGAGAGAGAGAGAGAGAAAGAGAGAGAGAGAGAGAGAGAGAAAGGCUGAGGGAGCGAGGGGGAGAGAACAGGGGAAUUACAUUCGGUGGCACAAAAAGCGUAGGGAGAGGGAGAAUACAGAACAGCGCGCUCGCCUCCCUCGCCGACACACCAAAUUGGACCCGAACGCAUCGACAUCGCGCUCCCCCAGACCCAUGGGUUAACAGCCUAUCUUCAGAAGAAGAAGCCACCAGAUUGUCCAAUGAAUAACAGGAAGGAAGAUAUGGAGAUCACGUCCCACUACCGGCAGCUCCUGCGGGAGCUGAACGAGCAACGGCAACACGGCAUCCUGUGCGAUGUCUGCAUCAUUGUGGAGGGCAAGAUCUUCAAGGCGCACAAGAACGUGCUGCUGGGCAGCAGUCGCUACUUCAAGACACUCUACUGCCAGGUGAAGAAGAGCACAGAGCAGCAGGCCACCAUCACGCACUUGGACAUCGUCACCGCGCAGGGCUUCAAGACCAUCCUAGACUUCAUGUACUCCGCCCACCUAGCCCUCACCAGCAAGAACGUCAUCGAGGUGAUGUCAGCCGCCAGCUACCUGCAGAUGACGGAUAUUGUGCAAGCCUGCCACAAUUUCAUCAAAGCCGCGCUCGACAUCAGCAUCCGCUCCGAGCUGGCAGACGAACUGGCAGACUUUGAAAUGGGAGCAACGGCGGUGGGAGGGGCUGCUGGGGCGGGGGCAGAGGCGUUGGCCUCCAUGAUGUCGGGGCGCAGCUCUUCCCCUUGGCUGGCACGCCGGACCAGCCCGGCCAACUCCUCGGGCGACUCCGCCAUCGCCAGUUGCCACGAAAGCAGCAGCACCUAUGGGAAAGAGGACCAGGAGCCCAAGAGCCACGAGAGCCAGGAGGACGUCACCUCGCAGCCUUUGUGGCCAGCCGAAUUCCGUCCCAUCCAAAUCAAGGAGGAGCAGGUCUCCCCUUCGAACUUUAAAGACGGACCGGUGACCGGUGCCCAGACCACCCUGGCGGAACAGGCAAACGGAGAAGCCUGGCAGCCCUCGGGCUCCGGACGGCGCAAGAACCGCAAGAACAAAGACACUGUGCGGCACAUCACCCCGCAGGCGGAGGACGACAGCCGAGCAUGCUCACCACUGCCCACCGUCUUGCCGGUUCCCGGCUGGAACUACAACAAUCAGGAAAUUCCAGGAGCCGACGCCACGGAGCCCAACAGCUCGGACAGCCGCGGCGACCGGCUCGACUUCUUUGUGAAGCAGGAGGAGGCGCUGUCGGCGGACCCCGGCUUUCUUCCUCAGUCGCUUGCCGGCGAGAAGGACGAGCCCACGGGCCAGGCGGCCUCGGUGGCCAACCUGCGGGCAGCGCUGAUGAGCAAGAACAGCCUGCUGUCGCUCCGACCCGACAUGCUGGGCGAGGACAGCCCGCUUCUCUUCGAUUACCUGCCCAAAGGUGGCCACUCCUUGUCUCUGAACGACUUCACCGUCAUCAGGAAGAAGUUCAAGUGCCCGUACUGCAGCUUCUCAGCCAUGCACCAGUGCAUCCUGAAGCGGCACAUGCGCUCCCACACCGAGAGGCCUUAUCCCUGCGAGAUCUGCGGCAAGAAGUUCACCCGCCGGGAGCACAUGAAGAGACACACGCUGGUGCACAGCAAGGACAAGAAGUACGUGUGCAAGGUGUGCAGCCGGGUGUUCAUGUCCGCAGCCAGCGUGGGCAUCAAGCACGGCUCCCGGCGGCACGGCGUCUGCGCAGACUGCUCCGGCCGCGGCAUGGCCACCCUGCUGGACCAGAACGGAGACGGGGCCGAGGAGGGUUCCCCCGAGGAGGACCUGUACCCCGGGGACCACCGCUUCCCCGAUGACCCCGUCGACGGGGACGGCGAGGAGGAGAUGCUGGCCGACGGCGAGAUGAUGGUGGAUGGCGACGAGGACGGCGGGAAGUGGAAGAAGCACUCAGGAAUGUCUCACCGGGACGCCAUGUUGGACAAUGACAAGGAGGAGAGCGACUCGGCACAGGAAGGGGAGAACCAGACGGGCAGCGACAAAGAUUUCGCCUGGAUCUCUUAGUCCGGUUCUUGCUCUGUCACAAGCGUAGUCACGUGUCAGUGAAGAGAUAGCCUCUGGCCUUGGGUAAAGUACAACGUUCGAGAGCGUGCGUGCCGGGCGCGAGUCGGACUGCCGCUCUCGUGCGUUCGGUAGAGCUGCAGUGGCGGAGAUUAGGGUUAUUUUCGGUUCUUUUUGCUGACGAGGUGUUUCGCGGAGGAUCAGCUAGCUAAUGCUCCCACACUUGCAUUGGCAUUUUGUAUUACUCUGACAUUUUGAAACUGGAGAUUUUGACGUGUCUUCUCUAAUUGAAAUUACGAAGCAUUGGCCUGUGUUGUUGGUGUUUGUGGAAAUAUGAUGCUUUUACUUUUUUGAACAAGACGAGUACUGUCCUCUCGCCAUGCAGUCAACGGUCCCCGUAAAGGGGAGGGGUGGGUGGGGAUGUAUCUACUGCAAAACUGUAGGUGUCUGAUGAUGAUUUGCAGCAGUUUGGCACAUUUUUUGCAGAAAACUGCCACAGACUUGCACUUUAAUGUCAACCAGAUUCCUAUCGAUUCCUAUUCAGUGGUUUACAUUUUUACUCUAAUUUACGCAGAGGACUUGGUGACCGCGCCUACCUUUAAGGAUAAACGUCCUCAUGACUGUUAUCUAUAUUUCUGCAAUUUUUUGCAUUUAAGGUAUGCCUUUUAACAUUUUCUUUCUUCUGCCACAUCAGAUUCUAGAGUUGUACUAAAUGCUCUUAAGAUACAACAGAUUUGUACAUACAAAUAUUAUGCAGGA